AAGAAAACAGCUGUCUGCUCUCCGCACCUCACCCCCUUAUCAAAGUGGUUUAGUACAAAAUUCAGAACAGAAUCAACUCUUUGACAAGUGAAUUGUUUUGCUUUUAACUGAGUGAUUAUUUCAAGGAGAUUGUGGAAUGAAGGGCAUUGCCGUCGAGGAAAUGCCACUCUUUAGGAACCUUUAAGUUUGUUUGCAGGGAAUUAUAAUCCAGUGCGUAUAGGUGUUUACCUUAAAUCGACCAGUAUGGGUGGCGUAGUGAGUACGGGGAAGAAUAAUGAUCAUCUUAUAGAUAAUUUACUAGAGGCAGAGUACAUAAAAACGUCUGGAAUUGAGAGGGUUUUCAGGGCUGUUGACAGGGCCGAAUAUUUCUUGCCAGAAGCCAGGAACAAUGCUUACAGAGACCUGGCCUGGAAGAAUGGCAAUCUGCAUGUCUCCGCACCAUGUAUCUACAGCGAAGUGAUGGAAGGAUUGUGUUUACAACCCGGGUUGUCUUUCUUGAAUCUUGGCUCUGGCACCGGUUACUUAAGUACCAUGGUGGGACUUAUUUUAGGGACCUAUGGUGUUAAUCAUGGGAUCGAAUAUCAUAGUGAUGUAGUUCAGUAUGCCAAUAAAAAGCUGGAUGAUUUCAGGAAGCACUCGGGGGCUAUCGAUGAGUUUGAUUUUUGUGAACCAAAAUUUAUACAAGGAAAUUGCCUGUGCCUUACAAGCGACUACCAUGCUCAAUACGACAGAGUCUACUGUGGGGCUGCCUGUCCAAGACAGUACGAGUCCUACAUGAAAAAUUUACUAAAAGUUGGGGGUAUUCUAGUCAUGCCGCUCAAUGAAAAGUUGCUACAGAUACGCCGCACCUCCGAGACAAAUUGGGAGGUAUGUUCUCUGCUACCUGUAUCAUUUGCUUCGCUUAUUGAACCCCCUGAGGGCCCUCCCACUUGGGUGCAAAUGAUUGAAGUGGAGCCCUUAUCAUUGCAAUGUCUUUGUCGUGCUGUCAUUAGGAAUAUUUUGCGUAAAAAUGUGGAAAUUGAAUUGCCUCCAGUAAAAAGGAGGCUCCCUGUACGUAAAAUUCCGAAGAAGAGGAAUCCCUUGAGGAGAAUGGUGGUCCCACUGUUUGAAUCUGAUGAUAGCUCCGACGAUGAUCGUUAUAUUCGAAUUAGCGGAGGAAGGAACAGAGACUCAGUCCCCCCGAUAAAUAGAGACCAGAACCAAGCUUCUUUGAGAGAAGACAGUCUGGUGAAUUUUUUUGUGGAACCAUUUCGUCAGAGAAGAAAUCGUUUCUUAGGAGACCGAUUUGACUCGUUUCGCAUGGUUUUAGGGACUUCUCCCGAGAAUACCAGAAAUGAGAACAAUGAAAAUGAACAUAACAAUGAAGACAAUAAGAUGGAAAUCGAAGCGGUAGAGCCAGCUGAGGAGAGUGAUAAGAAAGUCACUAGUAAUAAAACACAAGUUGAAACUCGUGCUGUGAUUGAGCAUAAUCCAGGCACAAGUCAAGCUAAUACUAGUCAAAACGAAAAUGUAUCUCAUAGUGGUAAGAACGGUCAGAACGGUAGUAGCAGUAUGGAAGAUCAAGAUUUAGAUUCCGUAAACGAGAUUCAUGUUUUUGUUGAUGUGCUGAACUUUUUGAGCAGGGAACGUGACGGAAAAGAUGUAUUAAACGAGGAAAACGAGAGUACUGAUUCCGGCCAGCAUGAGGGCGAGCAUCAAAGGGCAAUUUCAAGCGAGUGCUCCAGUAAUACAAACAAGAAGAGACGCGAGAAAUUUGAUAGUGGAUUGGGUGAUGAAAUUGUAGAAAACCACGAUCCGUCCGAUGAUGAAGAUCACGACACAAAGGUAGACAAGCCGAAGUGGAAAUAUCCCACUUCUGAUGACUUUUCGAGUAGCGAGGAGGAUGAGCAAGUGGAGAAGAGGCCGAAGAGGAGUUCGAAGACUGAGAAUGCCGCCCAUAGUUUUCUGAAGUGCAGGAGGACUGGGUUAAGUGUACAAAGGGUCGCAGGGGACAGCAGCAAUGAUAAUGAGGGCGAGGAAGAGAUGAAAACAGAUAACGAGAUGCGAAUGUACGAGAGCCCUUAUACGGAGCAUGUGAAGAGCAAGAUACAAGAAUUACCGCUGCCUCCGAUAUUGAAGAAGUACCUAAACUUUUAUAGGGAGUUUUAAACUAAUCGUUUAAGUAACUAGACCCGAAUCCAAAGUAAGUAAUGUUUUAUUGGCUUGAUGUUUUAUUGAUACAAAAUUUCCUGUUGGUAUUGAUGAUUGUUAAGGUUUUGAUACAUGCUUUUUUGAAAUAAUAAAAUUUAAAUAUAUCUUCAGCAGAAAAAUGAUAUAGCUUAUCGACAAAGAUUUUUUUUUACAUGAAUAUUUAGAAUACAGAUUCACAUACUUUUGAAAUUUUCCUAAUCAAUAUAUGUGCUUGAAACAUGUUACAAAACAAUACUAGUACAUUUAAAGAUUGCAAAUCAGUUUACGAAAUAUUUUUAUUGAGGCAAAAAAAGGGAAUUAUUGAUAUUUUUUAGCGAAUUGCUUGUUUUGGUUCGGGCCUGUCCGUUUAAGUUACUCUGUUGUGUAUCGCUGUUCAUUUAUGCUUUUAGACUAGCGCAGUGUGAUUUUUAGGUUGUACAUGUUAACAAAGUAGACUUAAAUUUAUCGUUUAAUAAAAUUUUAUACCGUUAUCGGCUGUAAAAUACAUAUAUUGAUCAUCUUUUUAAAGAAUAACAUAUUUUAAGGAUUGAAUUAAUCAAAUCACUCAAUAUGUAUGUGAUAUUUUUUUCGUUGGUGUUCUCCCCUCUUACCCGUUAUUAAAUGUAUGUUUUUUUCUUUUGGGACAUUUUAUUUUACUCUUAUUUUAAUCGUAUGAUGUAAUUAUUUUUAAGUUGAUUUUUAAGUGGUUGGAGGUGAUCAUGAAGAGCAUUUUCGUAUGAAUAAAUAAAUUUAAAUUAAUUAUA